CCUUCAGACAGGGACCUGUUGACAUGGGAAGGCAAAAGACCAUUGCAGCCACUGUGGGGCUUAUCCCUUCAUGCAUAUGGGGAGCAUCACCCCACCAUGUGGUGGGGAUGGGAGGAUGGGCAUGACCACUGCUCAGCAUCUCGCGUACAGGGAUAAAAGGAGGAGAUGGCACAGGGUCCGGAGCAUCGUGCGGAGAAGAGCCCUGCAGCCCUCAGCUCCUGCCCCGCUUGCAGAUCCCUCGGCCCCCGCAGCACCAUGAAGGUCCUCGCAGCCGCCCUGGUCGCUCUCCUGCUCAUGGCUACCUGCUCCCCGUCCCAGGCCCAUCUCGAUGGUGUUCCCACCGCCUGCUGCUUCAGCUACCAGCAACGCCCAGUCCCGCGGAGCCUCAUCGCCUCCAUCUAUACCACCAGCAGCAGCUGCACCGAGCCGGGGGUGAUCCUGGUCACCAAGAAGAAGAGGGAACUGUGCGUGGACCCCCAGGCUCCCUGGGUGCAGGCGCAUCUGAAACAGUUCCAGAGCCUGGAGAACUGACCCUUCCCCACUGCACCUGCCCUGUCCUUACUGCUGUCCCUGCUGUGUCCCCAGUGCUGCCCCUGGAGGGCUCAGCUAUCAGCCCCUGUCACGCAAGAGACUACUUGAACUGCAGCCUUCUUCAAGGGGAAAUUUAUUCUAUUUAACUUAUUUAAGGUCAACUAAAUAUUUUUUGCUAAGAAAAGUGAAAAAAUGUAAUUUAUACUAUAUUAAAAUAAUAACUUAAAGUAAUUUAAACUAUAUCAAUGUGCCUGUUAAUGAAGAGAGAGGAGUUUUGAUGCCUAAAUAAAGUGUUUGUGUACCCUU